AUGCAAUACUCUAAGGAACUGACAAAGGAAAACAGCUUCUACAGAUGUGUUAUAGAUGAGGAUGACACAACCCAGGCGUCCACAAAUCUAUUUGAAUGGGCUCUCCAUGGUAACACGGCACUGCUGGAGAACUUCCUGAGAAAGCACCCGGAGCAACUGAGCGUCCGAGAUGAGUCCGGUGCCAGCGCUCUGCACCAUGCCACGUCGGGAGGGCACAUCUACGCCAUGCAGCUGAUCGCAAGCCUGGCGAGCCCUGAGGGCCUGAAUGCCACUGAUGGCGAGGGCAGCACUCCCCUGCACUGGGCAGUGCAGAGGAAGCAGCCGGAGAGCUGUGCGACCCUCCUGGAACUCGGCGCAGACCCCAACAUCCUGAACACGGCCCUCAUGUCACCUCUGCACCUGGCUGUCAGCCUCAGCCACAAUGCCAUCGUCAGCGUGUUGCUAUCACACAGCAGAACAAAUGCAAACCUGGAGGGAGACCUGGGAAAUACCCCCAUGAUGCUGGCCUGCUCCAUCGACAACUGCGAGGCUGUAUGCAUACUGCUGGAGCACGGAGCAAUAAUGUGUCAUCAGAACAAGCUUGGGCAUUUUCCCAUCCACGCAGCUGCGUUUGCAGGUGCAAAGGGAGCCAUGGAGGUCAUUCUGAAGAAGGGAGAAGAAAAAGGCUAUUCAAUUGAGACACACAUUAAUUACCUGGACAAAUCCAAUAGCAGUCCUCUUCAUCUGGCUGUUCGCGGAGGAAACAUUGAAGCGAUCAAAUUCUGUAUCGCAAACGGAGCAAAAAUUGACCAGAAACAGUGCGACCAUUCCACGGCUCUUCACUUUGCUUGUACUCAGGGUGCCAUAGAGGCAGUCAAGCUAAUGCUAGCGGCUUAUGACAGAGUAGAGGACAUCAUCAAUAUCACUGAUGGUGCAAAGCAGACCCCUCUUCACAGGGCAACAGUAUUUGAUCACGCUGAAUUGGUUGAAUACCUCAUCUUACAGGGUGCGGAUAUCAACAGUAUUGACUGCAAAGGUCAUUCCCCACUGCUACUGGCUACAAGCUGUGGAGCAUGGAGAACUGUGGAACUUUUACUGUCAAAAGGAGCCGAUUUAAAGACAAAAGACAAAAUGGGUUGCAACUUCCUACACCUUGCUACUUUGCAGCCGAAAGGUCUGAGAAAUCUCCCUGAUGAUAUUUUACAGAGCAGCAGCGUGAAGGAGCUCCUGAGUGACGAGGACAACGAAGGCUGCACCCCCCUCCACUACGCCUGCCGACUGGGGAUCCCCGAUUCGGUGCAGAACAUGCUAUGCCUGAAGGUCUCGGUCGACCUAAAGUCCAAGGAUAAGAAGUCUGCCCUUCAUUUCGCAGCUGAAUAUGGGCGGAUAAACACAUGCCACAGGCUUCUGGAGACCAUGAUAGACUCCAGACUGCUGAAUGAAGGGGACGAUUGGGGGAUGACCCCUCUGCACCUGGCAUCCCGGGGUGGGCACACCAAAGUGGUUGAGCUGCUGCUCAGAAAAGGAGCCCUGUUUCAAAGCGAUUAUAAAGGCUGGACAUGUUUACACCAUGCUGCGGCUGAGGGAUUCACUCAGACCAUGAACAUCCUCUUGGGGGCAAAUGUGAAAUUACUGGACAAAACGGAUGAAGAAGGGAACACAGCUCUGCAUUUGGCUGCAAAAGAGGGGCACGCGGCAGCUGUGAGGCUGCUGCUGAGCAAGGGAGCCGAAUUCAUACUCAACAACAGCGACGCAUCCUUCUUUCAUGAAGCGGUGCAUCAUGGGAGAAAGGAAGUGGCCAACGCCAUCAUUGAGAGCGACAGAUGUAGCGAGGCCAUACGUGCCUUCAGAAUAGGUGCAUCCAAGCACUGCAUUAUUCUGGACUUGAUUGAAUUUCUUCCAGAAUCAUGCAAGUACCUUUUGGACCAAUGUGUGAAAGAAUCAGAACAUGAUGUCAACAGCCAUGACUACUGUAUUGAAUACAAUUUCCGCUGGCUUCAAGCUCCAAUAAAAUUGAAAAAACAUGCUAAAACAGACAAAACAUUUGCAAUUCAACCUCUUGCAUCACUGAAUGCCAUGGUGCGGUAUAAUCGUAUAGAGCUUUUGACCCACCCAGUCUGCAAGAAAUAUUUGGAAAUGAAAUGGAACGCUUAUGGGAGCAAAGCGCACAUCCUGAACCUGGCUGUCUACUCCCUCGGGCUGCUGCCGCUCUCGCACCUCAUAGUGAACAUGAGGCCCACCAUCACCUCAACACCGAACGGCACGUCUAUCAGCAAGGUGUCCACAACCUUGGACAAGCAAAGCUAUUUCCUCACAAGCUGCAUGUUCCUGAUCUUGGCUAUGAAUCUGUAUGCAGUUGGAAAGGAGGCGGUACAGAUAGUGCAGCAGCGCGCAAAUUACUUCAGAGACAUCUCCAAUCUCUUGGACUGGGCGGCGGCCAUCUUUUCCCUUCUCUUCGUCUUCCCUUUGCUGAUGAAUGCUGAUGGCACCUGGUACUGGCAGGCCGGGGCAUGGGCAGUUCUUGUCUCUUGGGUGAACUUCCUUCUCUAUCUACAAAGGUUUGAGCAUUUCGGGAUUUACGUGGUGAUGUUUGGAGAGAUCCUGCGGACCCUCCUCAGCAUCAUAAUGAUCUUCUUCUUCCUGAUGCUGGCAUUCGCUUUGGGCUUCUACGCUCUCAUGAUCGGCCAGACACAUUUUGAUGGACUAGACAUUUCAAUGAUGCAGACCUUUGUCAUGAUGGUUGGAGAGUUGAACUACCAAGACAACUUCCUGGAUCCCUAUCUAAGAGGCAACCUUCCUUUCCCUUAUGUCACAUACGCUGUUUUUGUUUGGUUCGUCCUUCUCAUGCCGAUUCUCCUCAUGAACCUGCUGAUUGGUUUAGCUGUUGGUGACAUUGCUGAGGUACAGAGGAAUGCUUCUUUAAAGCGAAUUGCAAUGCAGAUUGACCUUCACACUGGUUUGGAAGAAAAGUUGCCGUACUGGUUCAUGAAACGGGUGGACCAGACCAUGAUCACAGUGUACCCAAACAGAAUAUGUGGAAAGAAGGGAAUUUUCUAUUUCUGGAUAUACGGUUCCGAGACGAGCGAGUCACGCACCCGCCUAACCACAAACUCCCAUCAGCUGACUCCUCUGGAAUAUGAGCUACAUAAACAGAAGUACAGAUUAAAGGAAAUGUCCACAGUCUUAGAGAAGCAGUACAACCUUUUGAAGCUGAUCAUUCAGAAAAUGGAGAUCACGUCCGAGGCAGACGAACGCGACGGCCCGGAGGUGCUCCACGGCCGCGGAGAGAGGCUGCGUCUCAGCAAGAGGAGCAAGUGGAUCCCCCUGAUGAAGGCAGUGACCUCCAAGCAGUGA